GCUCUCCACGACCUCAAAAAGCCUGUAGGUGGUCGACAAAAAGGGGCGGGGAGGGGGUGGUUCCGGGCGGGGUCUUCAGCCCUUCCGGUGCGGCCCCUUUAAGAGGCGGGGCCUGCGGGGCGGGCGCUGAGAACGCCGGGGCGGCCCGAAGAUGGCGGCGGUGACUGGGUCUGGGGUUGCAGCGGCCCCGAGCUCGCUGCUCCUCGUGGUGGGCAGCGAGUUCGGCAGCCCGGGGCUCCUCACCUACGUCCUGGAGGAGCUCGAACGAGGCAUCCGGUCUUGGGAUGUCGAUCCUGGCAGCUGCAACCUCGAUGAACAGCUCAAGGUCUUUGUGUCCCGACACUCUGCCACCUUCUCCAGCAUUGUGAAAGGCCAGCGGAGCCUGCACCACCGUGGAGACAGCCUGGAGACCCUGGUCCUCCUGAACCCAUCAGACAAGUCCCUGUGUGAUGAGCUCCGGAACCUUCUGUUGGACCCUGCCUCUCACAAACUACUGGUGUUGGCUGGGCCCUGCCUGGAGGAGACAGGGGAGCUGCUGCUACAGACAGGGGGCUUUUCGCCUCACCACUUCCUCCAGGUCCUGAAGGACAGAGAGAUCCGGGACAUCCUGGCCACCACGCCCCCACCUGCGCAGCCACCCAUACUCACCAUCACCUGCCCCACCUUUGGUGACUGGGCCCAGCUGGCACCUGCUGUGUCCGGCCUACAGGGGGCGCUCCGGCUCCAGCUGCGGCUGAACCCCCCGGCGCAGCUGCCCAACUCCGAGGGCCUGUGUGAGUUCUUGGAGUACGUGGCUGAGUCUCUGGAGCCGCCGUCCCCCUUCGAGCUGCUGGAGCCCCCGACCUCCGGGGGCUUCCUCAGGCUGGGCCGGCCCUGCUGCUACAUCUUCCCCGGAGGCCUCGGGGAUGCCGCCUUCUUCGCCGUCAAUGGCUUCACCGUGCUGGUCAACGGUGGCUCAAACCCCAAGUCCAGUUUCUGGAAGCUGGUGCGGCACCUGGACCGCGUGGAUGCCGUGCUGGUGACCCACCCUGGCGCCGAUAGCCUCCCGGGCCUCAACAGCCUGCUGCGGCGCAAACUGGCGGAGCGCUCCGAGGUGGCUGCUGGUGGGGGCUCCUGGGAUGACAGGCUGCGCAGGCUCAUCUCCCCCAACCUGGGGGUCGUGUUCUUCAACGCCUGCGAGGCUGCAUCGCGGCUGGCGCGUGGCGAGGAUGAGGCGGAGCUGGCACUGAGCCUCCUGGCGCAGCUGGGCAUCACGCCCCUGCCACUCAGCCGCGGCCCCGUGCCAGCCAAGCCCACCGUGCUCUUUGAGAAGAUGGGCGUGGGCCGGCUGGACAUGUACGUGCUGCACCCGCCCUCCGCCGGCGCCGAGCGCACGCUGGCCUCUGUGUGCGCCCUGCUGGUGUGGCACCCCGCGGGCCCUGGCGAGAAGGUGGUGCGCGUGCUGUUCCCCGGCUGCACCCCGCCUGCCUCCCUCCUGGACGGCCUGGUCCGCCUGCAGCACUUGAGGUUCCUGCGAGAGCCCGUGGUGACACCCCAGGACCUGGAGGGGCCGCGGCGAGCUGAGAGCAAAGAGAGCGUGGGCUCCCGGGACAGCUCGAAGAGAGAGGGCCUGUUGGCCACCCACCCCAGACCUGGCCAGGAGCGCCCUGGGGUGACCCGCAAGGAGCCAGCACGGGCUGAGGCACCGCGCAAGGCUGAGAAAGAAGCCAGGACCCCCCGAGAGUUGAAGAAAGACCCUAAACCGAGUGUUUCCCGGACCCAGCCGCGGGAGGUGCGCCGGGCGGCCUCUUCUGUGCCCAACCUCAAGAAGACAGGUGCCCAGGCGGCACCCAAGACCCGCAAAGCACCCAGCACAGCGCCCAGCACAUCCCAGUCUGGCUUCCCGCAGGUGGCAAAUGGACCCCGCAGCCCGCCCAGCCUCCGAUGUGGAGAAGCCAGCACCCCCAUUGCGGCCUGCGGCUCCCCGGCCUCCCAGCUGGUGGCCACGCCCAGCCUGGAGCUUGGGCCAAUCCCAGCCGGAGAGGAGAAGGCGCUCGAGCUGCCUUUGGCCGCCAACUCUUUCCCAAGGCCACGCACGCCCUCCCCUGAGUCCCGCCGGAGCCCCGCGGAGGGUAGCGGGCGGCUGUCACUGAGCCCACUGCGGGGCGGGGAGGCCGGGCCCGACGCCUCACCCACAGUGACCACGCCCACGGUGACCACGCCGUCACUGCCCGCAGAGGUGGGCUCCCCGCACUCUACCGAGGUGGACGAGUCCCUGUCCGUGUCCUUUGAGCAAGUACUGCCGCCAUCCGCUCCCACCAGUGAGGCUGGGCUGAGCCUCCCACUGCGUGGCCCCCGGGCACGGCGCUCGGCCUCCCCACACGAUGUGGACCUGUGCCUGGUGUCACCCUGUGAGUUUGAACAUCGCAAGGCGGUGCCCAUGGCACCGGCACCUGCGUCCCCCGGCAGCUCGAAUGACAGCAGUGCCCGGUCACAGGAGCGGGCAGGUGGGCUGGGGGCCGAGGAGACGCCCCCUACAUCGGUCAGUGAGUCCCUGCCCACCCUGUCUGACUCGGACCCCGUGCCCCUGGCCCCCGGUGCCGCAGACUCAGACGACGACACAGAGGGCUUCGGAGUCCCUCGCCACGACCCUUUGCCUGACCCCCUCAAGGUUCCCCCGCCACUGCCUGACCCAUCCAGCAUCUGCAUGGUGGACCCCGAGAUGCUGCCCCCCAAGACAGCGCGGCAGACGGAGAACAGCCGCACCCGGAAGCCCCUGGCCCGCCCCAACUCACGCGCUGCCGCCCCCAAAGCCACUCCACUGGCUGCUGCCAAAACCAAGGGACUUGCUGGUGGGGACCGUGCCAGCCGACCACUCAGUGCCCGGAGUGAGCCCAGUGAGAAGGGAGGCCGGGCACCCCUGUCCAGAAAGUCCUCGACCCCCAAGACUGCCACUCGAGGCCCGUCGGGGUCAACCAGCAGCCGGCCUGGGGCGUCGGCCACCCCACCCAAGUCCCCGGUCUACCUGGACCUGGCCUACCUGCCCAGUGGGAGCAGCGCCCACUUGGUGGAUGAGGAGUUUUUCCAGCGUGUGCGCGCGCUCUGCUACGUCAUCAGUGGCCAGGACCAGCGCAAGGAGGAGGGCAUGCGAGCCGUCCUGGACGCACUGCUGGCCAGCAAGCAGCACUGGGACCGAGACCUGCAGGUGACCCUGAUCCCCACCUUCGACUCGGUGGCCAUGCAUACGUGGUACGCAGAGACGCACGCCCGGCACCAGGCGCUGGGUAUCACGGUGUUGGGCAGCAACAGCAUGGUGUCCAUGCAGGAUGACGCCUUCCCGGCCUGCAAGGUGGAGUUCUAGCCUCAUCGCCGGCACAGCCCCACUCAGCCCAGCCCGCCCUUCCCUACAUUCAGCCGCAUCAGAAAUAAACCGUGACUCAACUUGGC